GAGUAGGAGGAAGUGGUUUGUUUCCUACCAGUCAAAAUGGAAACACUCGUACUCGCUUAGCAAUAAACCUCCCGAAAUAUGCUUGGAAAUGAGUAUUUUUUUUCUGCCUUGCUCGAGUUUAUUAUGACAGUGAACUGCGACGGUGAUAUGUAGCGUUGCUGGAGAAGUGCGUGUUGACGGGAGAAUUGCGAUUGUCGCUGAACUGCAGUCACUAAAAUAACAAACAUCCUCGCAGCUAGCUUGGUUGUAACGCUGACGCUAGCGUUAACGUUUUACUAAGUUUACAUUAUUCUGCGAUAAAGACACACGUAGUUAGAAUUAUACUUAUAAUUUUGCAGCGAAAAUGCAUCGGAGGGGUGUUGGAGCGGGAGCUAUUGCCAAAAAGAAGCUGGCGGAGGCCAAAUAUAAGGAAAGAGGAACUGUUCUCGCAGAGGACCAAAUUGUCCAGAUGUCCAAGCAGUUGGAGACCUUCAAAUCGAACCUGGAGGAGUUUGCCAGCAAGCACAAACAAGAAAUCCGAAAGAACCAACAGUUCAGGGUUCAGUUUCAGGAAAUGUGUGCCACCAUCGGAGUUGACCCACUUGCCUCUGGCAAAGGUUUUUGGUCUGAGAUGCUCGGAGUUGGUGACUUCUACUAUGAGCUCGGUGUACAGAUCAUUGAAGUGUGCCUGGCCCUGAAACACAGGAAUGGAGGGCUUAUUACUUUGGACGAACUCCAUCAGAGAGUACUCAGAGGAAGAGGUAAAUACGCUCAGGAUGUGAGCCAAGACGACUUGGUGAGAGCCAUAAAGAAACUGAAGGUGAUGGGGAAUGGUUUUGGGAUGAUUCCUGUCGGUGGUUCUUACUUGGUGCAGUCAGUCCCAGCAGAGCUCAACAUGGACCAUACCGUAGUUCUACAGCUGGCCGAGAAAAAGGGAUACGUCACAGUGAGUGAGAUCAAGGACAGCCUAAAAUGGGAGAAGGAACGGGCCUGUCACGUCCUGGAUCACCUGCUGAAAGAAGGCCUGGCCUGGCUGGACUCUCAGGCAGCUGGAGAAGCACAGUACUGGCUGCCCGCACUCUUCUCUGAGCUAACGUCCCGCGACGUCACACCGGAGGAGGCCAAUCAGAUGACACCUUGAGGGGAGGGGGGCAAAAAAUUUAAAAAAUGGGGGGUGGAGACAGUUUUAGAGACAUGUUGGUAAACAAAAUGUCCCUGGUGGGGAAGGAUCAUGUGAUGAAGUUGGCUGCUGGUUCCCCGGAGCUGGCAGGAAGGGUGAUCUCCCUCCGAGAUCAUUUUCUGGGCGCGAGGAGGGAAACUUUACUCAUCAGACUCUCCUCAGUGACUUCUAUGCAACGAGUGCACUUACAUUAUCACAGAGUGGAUGAAGGAAGCCUGACUUCCAUUACACUGGAUGUGAAUUUCAGCGUAAGAGCUUCUCUCGUCUUGUGGUCCCGGUUGACGGGCGGUUUACGAUCAUUCUCGAUGCACGGAACAUGUAAUCGUUUAAUUUUGCAAGUAUAAACAAUAACUUUGACAGAAAAGAAAACAUCAGCUGCAUUGUACACGUUGAGCUUAAUU